AUCGCCUGAGUCACAAACGACGAGUUUUAGCAGCUGCGCUCUGUAGUUUCCACGACGGUUUCCACGUAUAACAACGCCGUUGUAUCGUACCGGAGUGUACAAUUUUCGAUAGUUUUCCAUUUCAAAGUCGUAUAAUUCAGACAUAAGAGAUGUCGUCCCGAAAGACAGCCGGUCGCAGAGCGACGACAAAGAAGCGUGCUCAACGCGCGACUUCUAAUGUAUUCGCUAUGUUCGAUCAAGCGCAAAUAGCAGAAUUCAAAGAAGCCUUCAACAUGAUCGAUCAAAACCACGACGGAUUCGUCGACAAGGAAGAUCUUCACGACAUGUUAGCGUCUCUAGGAAAAAAUCCUACGGACGAUUACCUCGAAGGUAUGAUGAACGAGGCCCCGGGGCCCAUAAACUUUACAAUGUUCCUGACCCUGUUCGGCGAACGCCUUCAAGGCACCGACCCUGAAGACGUAAUCAAAAACGCUUUCGGUUGUUUCGACGAAGAGAACACCGGUAACAUCAACGAGGAACGUCUACGCGAGUUACUCACGACCAUGGGCGAUAGAUUCACGGACGACGAUGUCGAUGAAAUGUAUCGCGAGGCGCCUAUAAAGGGUGCGAUGUUCGACUACAUCGAAUUCACAAGGAUCCUGAAGCACGGUGCGAAGGAAAAGGACGAACAAUAGACUUCUAGCGGAGAGAGAAUUGAUAUCGGGAGCAAGCAGGAAGAAGACGGAAAACAAACCACAACGAGACGGCACUAUAUUCCAAAAUCCAACCAUAUCUGUUCGUUCUUUUCUCUGAAAACCGCGUCUUUAUCGCCGCAUACGUUUAAGUUGCCUUAUUAAUUAUAAUGUUCCAGCGGUAAAUUAUCGCGUUCACUGUAUUCGCUACGAUCCGUUGAAAAGUUGCGUAGAUGAAGUUUAGAGAAAGUCAUGACUAGAUUAAUAUUAUCAUUACUAUUAUUUCUAGCGGAGUGAUUCGAAGUUGCGAAUUGAGUGACAUUUUGACAAAUAGAAGAAAGAAAAAAAAAGAAAACAUUAUUAUACCAUUACUAUUAUUACUGAUAUCCAGGCAUUUAUCUCAACCCGCGCGUUGUUAUCGUAAAUUUGUGUAAGAUAUAUACUAGGUGCAUAAAGAUAUUGCAUCAUAAAGUCGGCAUUUGUAUUUUAAUACACCAUAAACAAUAUAAUAUAUAAUAUAACGAAAAUUUGGACGUGAA